AUGGCUGCCUCUCUCUUUACACUCUCACUCACUAACACUUUUUAUUGCGUUUUUAAAUUACCCUCCCUCUCUCUUUCUUUCUCUCUUUCUGCGUUAUGUUUGCAAUUUUUUCUUUCUUUUUUUCUGUCUCUCUUCUUCUUUUCUAGAUUUUUGUUUUCUUUUUUUAUUCUUCUUAUUUUUUUCUUCUUUGUCUUUUCUUUCUCUUUCAUGCUAUUUGUUUUCUUCGUUUUCACUUUCUGUCUUCUUUUCUCUAUUCACCCCUCUUCUUCUGUUGCCUCACCUCUCACUUUAUCUGUCAUUUUCUCUCUUACUUCCCCUUCUCAAACUAUAUUAGCUUCCAUUUUGUCAUAUUUUCUUUCUUUUCUUUCUUUCUUUCUUUCUUUCUUUCUUUCUUUUUUUUCUUUCUUUUCUUUCUUUAUUUAUUUAUUUCUUCCGUUUUUUCUUUCGUUCUUUCCUUCUGUCAUUUUAUUUAUUUUUAUUUAUUUAUUUCUAUUCGCUCUAUUUCUCGCUCUUUCUUUCUUUCUUUCUUUCUUUCUUUCUUUCUUUCUUUCUUUCUUUCUUUCACUCUUUCUUUCUAUCGCUCUUUCUUUAUUUCUUUCGCUUUUUCUUUCGCUCUUUCUUUUCAUUCGCUCUUUCUUUCGCUUUUUCUUUCACUCUAUCGCUCACUCUUUCUUUCUUUCUUUCUUUUUUUCUAUCGCUCUUUCUUUAUUUUUUUCGCUUUUCUUUCGCUCUUUCUUUUUUUCGCUCUUUCUUUCGCUUUUUCUUUCGCUCUUUCGCUCCCUCUUUCACUUGCUCUUUAUUUCUUUCGCUCUUUAUUUCUUUAGUUCUUUCUUUCGCUCUUUCUUUCGCAUUUUCUCUUACUCUCUCUCUCUCUCUAUCUAUCUCUCUCUCUCUCUCUCUUUCCUAUAUCUUAUUUCUUCUUGCCUUUUACUUCCUUUUUCGUUUUAUUUUACUUUCUUUUUCGUUCUCUGUUUCUUCAUUUACCAACUUUCUUUUCAAUUUCCUUCUUUUCUAUUCUGUUCAUCUAUCUCUUUUUUUACCCCGUAUUCUUGUCAAUUCUCUUCUCUUUCUUUUUUAUCUAUCACUUUCUUAAGUUUUCUUUCUUUUUUUUUCUUUUUGUUUUCUUGUUCUCUUCAUCGGUUGACUUUUUAUUUCUACUUGUUCAUUUUCUUUCAAAUGUUUCCCCAAAAUCUUUCUUUCUUUUUUGAUUUUCGUUUACCUCUUUCUUCUGUAUUUCAUUCAUUUUCUUUCUUGUUCAGUUAUUUUUUUUUCUUUAUUUCCUCCUCUAUGCGUUCCUAUUCUUUUAUUCUCUGCGUGGUUUUUAGUCCGCCAUUUUCUUGCUUCAGCUUCCUCGAUUUUUUUCAUUUACCCAUUUAUCCCCUCUCCGCCUUUGCCCCUCAAAGUCUAUCUCUGACCCUAUCCUACUUGUCUCUUUUUUUUUCCAUUUCUUUGUUUCUUCUUUCUUUUUUCUUUCUUUUUUCCCUUUUUUCUUACCUUUUUCCAUCUAUUUCUGUCUUAAAUUUUUAUUGUCAUCUCUUUUCACCACUUUUUUAUUUUUUUUGUUUUCUAUCCCACACCUUUCGCUUUCUUUCUUUCUUUCUUUCUUUUUUCUUCCUUUCUUUUUUCUUUCUUUCUUCUUCCGCGUUUCUUUCUUUUUAUUGUUAUUCCUUUUCACUUUUCAAUCGCAAUUUUCUUUUUCAUUGUCACACAUUUUGCUUUUAUACUUUUCUUUCAUUCAUUUACUUCUUUCGUUCCUUUUUCCUUUCUUUUUUAUUUUGCUUUUACCCACGUUUUUCUCUUUUUAUAUUUCUUUCUGCUUUUUACUUCUUUCUUUUGUUUUCUGUAUUUGUCCACCAUAUCUUUUUUCUGUGUCGAUUUUCCUCAUUUGCAUUUAACAUUCCUUCUUUAUGUGCUCUGACUUACUUUCGUACUUUUUCUACAUUUACAUUAUUUUUUUCUUAA